AUGACAGACCACGACUUCUCAAAUGACGAUGACGGCCAUUUUGCGAGUGGUGCAUACGAGCACGGCGAAAUAAGCGACGAGGAGCUGAUGGAAGGCCUGGGGGAAGUCGACGAUGAGCUGCUUGGGGAUGCCAUAACCGAAGACCUGGGCGACGAGAUGAGUGAUGGCAAUGAUGAGGAUCCCCAUUCCGAAGACGAACUGGACGGCGAUCCCUUCAAUCCUAUGGACCUAGGCCUAAAGGAGAUCAACAACCUCGCCCACUUCGGCGUCAGCAGCCAUCGCCCCGGAAAUGGGGUAGCCGAGUUGCUCAGCGACGACCUUGAUAAGUACUGGCAGUCGGAUGGUCAGCAGCCGCACCUGCUCACCAUUCACUUUUUACGCCGCGUCGAGAUCCGGGCAAUCCGCUUUUACGUCGACUAUAACCAGGACGAGUCCUACACCCCGACCCAUAUUGUCUUCUACGCCGGCACUGGCCACCAUGACUUGAUCCAGUUUGCGGAAGCCCCCCUCACCAACCCGGCUGGAUGGCAGGAUGUCCCCAUCGCAGACAGCGGCGGAGGUGCCGACGGCCACUCACUGUGCUGCUGGAUGGUGCAAAUGCACAUCAAAGAGAAUCACCAGAACGGGAAGGAUACUCACAUUCGCGGCAUCAAGGUUUAUGCCAUGGACGAUCACUCGCUGGGCGGCACCGCACAUGAGUCGGCUCGCGGCCCGAGGACCGAUCUCGACGACGACCACGCCCGCGCGCGGACAGCACAGGGCCUAGACGAUCAGUCUCUGCAAGAGCUUUUAGAUGCGUUUGAACGUCACCCUAUCACCCCGUCUAACUUUGAUACAGUACGGGAGCCGACCAUCCGCUAA